AAAAAAAGUAAAGUAGUACAUAUUGACGGUUGUUUGUUAUUUUGCCAAACGUUUCUAACUUGUGAAGUUUUACAUUGCUUGAACGAAUUUAUAAUUGCUGAAAAAUGACGGAAACCGAUAGCACCAACAGGCCUUUGCAAAUGCCGGUGGAUUUUCUACCUUAUCUUGAAAGAUAUAGAGUGUACCAAAUGUUGAAGGACAUGACAAGAGACCUCAUUGUCCACUUGCCGAAGGAUCAUCUCAAGCAUAUGAAGGUUUUUUUGAGCAAGCAUAUGCAUGCAACGGAGGCACCGCGGAUGUUGUUACUCAUUGCACCUGAUCUUACCAUAGAUGUGAAAUGUCUGGCGAAACAGAUGAUAAAGGACUUCGGUUGCUUCGUAGUGACACGUCGCUGCGUGAUGGAUCGCUAUGAGAAACACGAUGACUACGUGCCAGGAUGUGUGUCUCCUCAGCUGAUGUCGGAGGUCACGAAGAGCAUAGUUACGAAGGAACCCGUGCCUCAUGCUGGAUGGCUUAUGUUUGACCACCCGUGCACGGUCCGCGAGGCGCGCUGUCUGCAGCAGGACGGAGUGCUGCCCACGGUGACCAUCGUACUCUCCAACACGCCUCCCGUGGCGCCGCAGACCUCCAGCAACCUCACCCCUUCCAGAAACUUCUUCCAGCAAGAUUUUGAAGGCCUCAAGUUUGCAUACAAAGCUACCUUGAAGGAGGUAUACAUUGAACCCGAGGAUGACGCGGAUAAGAUAUCGACCAAGUGCUUCAACGCGGUCCGCGCAUUUAACUCCGGAGCACAAGGUCCGAAGCAAGGUAUCAGCGUAGUAGGAGCGCCCGGCGUCUACCGGGUGCUGCUGCUUGGGCCGCGGGGCUCCGGCCGCAGGAGCCAGGCACAUCUACUCGCGAAGCACUUCGGACUAGUUUACUUGCAUUUCGACGCUGUUUUCAAUGAAGCAGGAGCAAAGGAUGAUGAGCUAGGCCAAAGAAUUCGCAGCUUUGGUACCAGCAUCCAGCUUCGAGCCGAGGCAGUCAAGAGGCGGCUCAUCAAAAAGGACUGCAUCGACCACGGAUGGGUGUUAACUGGAUUCCCAACAUGCGGCAGUGAUUUCGAGCUUCUAGACAAUAUGCCUACUCCACCAAACCGAAUAAUAUUUCUUAAUAUAGAUGUAGGGACAUGUCGCCAACGCUCGUCACGGCAGGGAGUGGACUGGUGCACGGGCCAGACUGCGCCGAUGGGAUCGGGGCCCCGAGUAGUCAUCCACCCUAACUACGACGCAGAACGACUGGAACAAGAAUGGGACACAUACUUCACGGAGUCCCUGGCGGAGCUACGAGCAGCAGCCGGCAUUACCGCGACGGAGGUAGACGCUAGCGAACCGUUUGAUAAAGUUCAAGUGAAGAUACAAGCGGCCGUCAUUGCAGCACCACCCUUUGAUAUAGAGUGCUGUUCCCAAUUGCGCAAUGUACGUGCCGAUUAAAUUUUUCGUCAUUAUACUAAUUUUAUCUGGUAGUAUUUAUUAAUUUAGAAAUAAAAGAUUUUGUCGUUAGAAAAAUGUUUUUAUUUAUGUACUCCUCCGUACUUCAAUUGAAAUUAUUUAAUUUCUACAUAAUUAUUUAAUUAUUCUGCUAAUUAUGAACUAACAAUUCUGCAGUCUCAAAAUAAUUACAUACAUACAGUUAAGAACACUGAGGUAGUCUCUAGGAUGUGAUGAGACUCAGUAUCGGAUCAUCAGCCGCUAGCAGCAGAUGAAUCGAUAAACGAAAAGUCAUGGAAACAGGCCUCUCGCAUUUCACACGCAAACUAUUGCUUUCACUAAAAAUAAAAAUGCAUCAAUUUUUACAAUUAAGUUCACGCACCAGUCAGACGCGCAUGCGCAACGGCAGAAACUCGAUCAGAUCUCGGCUCCGUGACGGCAGGCCGCCCGCCGCACACGCCACACACACGCGACACUCAUACAUCAGACAGGCA